GGUUAUGAGUCAGGUUUUUGAAAACUUUGAGGUUGAUGUGCAACUUCUCCGGCCAACAGAUAUUGAGAAGCAACAACCUUACUGGAGUUGGGGUGAUGAUGACAACGAAGAACCAAUGGUUGAAUUAUUUGGGGAUGAGGCCGAAAGAAAAAACCGGCACUUCUAGUGAAGAAAAAGACGCGGAUGUUGAGGAAACAGCCACCCUUCCCUCCUCUUCUAAGGCCAAAGGGUCUGUUAAUGACGUUCGCAGUUUGAAGCAUCAAUUACGCAGCACUAAGGAUCAGUUGGCUAAGCUACGUAGUUCAAAUCGGGGGCUUAGGAACAGAGUUCGUGACUUGGAAGCUAUUGUACAGAAGAACUGUUUGAAGCAUGAGAACGAGUGUGACAGAAAUAAAAAGGCUAUUCGGGAUUUGACCCUAAAAAUUGCUGAAGUCGAACAUUAUUUGAAGUUGGAGAUGGAGGAGUUAAAAAAAAAUUAUGGUGGAGAAGCCCAUGAGGAAGUCUGUACUGCCCAGAUGAAUGACGGAGGGCAGAAUGAUUUGUCACCCGUAAAUGAACCUACUAGUCCGACUACAGCAGCACCUAAAAUGGACACUCAAGUUCCAGCUGAUGGAGUAGAACCCUUCCCAGGCAUGCAUACAGAACGGGGUGAAAUGGAAGCACCAGUCUGUGGUGAUGGAGUGGAACACUUUCCAGCCUCAGAUCAACAAGGGGCUCCAAGGGAACCAGAAGUCCCUGCUGAUAGAGAGGAACCCUUCCCAGCCAUGGAAGUCAUAGACACUGAAAUUGAAACUUCAGUUCCUGAGAGGCAAGUGGACCAACAACCUCACAAGGUUCCUACCGCUGAAGAUGUGAAGCUUCCUAGUGUUGAAGAUGCCCUCCUUCCUACUCUGGAAGAUGGGAAUGGGGGAUGA